AAACCAUCCACACGAGUGGGACCUAGAGACGGGAGAUCCCCCGUCCGCAUCCAGGGUCCGCAGCCAGCAGCUCCUGGAAUAAACAAGCCCCGCCCCCUGAGCCCCGGGGGGUUCCACGUCAUAGACGUCAGGCUCCGCACAUGGAGAGAAAUUGAGGUCCGACCAGCCCAGAUAGGAUCACUCAUUCCUCCUCCCUCGAAGAGUUACGACCUGCCGUGCCUCCUCCGCGGACGACUGUUGGUCUCUCUGGGUCUGCUGGAGGAGUUACCACCACGGGGCACCACCAAUUCUCUCCCUCUCUCUCUCUCUCUCUCUCUCCCGAGUCUUUGGUUGUAACUCCCGUCAGCUUUCUGGAUUUAUAGUCGGGACUUGACGUGAGAAAGACAUGGAGAAAAUGGCCAGACAACUGUCCCCCUCCAACGGCGUCCUGAAGUCCUUGCUGGAGAACCCGCUCAAGCUGCCCUUCCAGCACGACGGAGGGCUCUGCAAGGAUAAGGAAAAGGAGAAGAAACUUGAGGAUGAGGGCGGUGCCGGCCCCCAGUCGGCCUUCCUGGGGCCCACGCUGUGGGACAAGACGCUGCCGUAUGACGGGGACAACUUCCAGCUGGAGUACAUGGACCUGGAGGAGUUCCUGUCGGAGAACGGUAUCCCCGCCAGCUCAGCGCAGCACGCAGAGCAGCAGGGGGGCCCAGGGGCCACCCCGGGGCCCCAGCGGCCCCCCUCCUCUCCCUCUCCCUCCCCCUCCUCCUCCUCCUCCCCCUCAGUGAGGGCCACCAUCCCCAGUCUGCCCGGGCCCUCGAGGCCCCUGGAACACAUGCAGAAGAGCAGCAUCGCAGAUCUGGCCCCGUCCCGGGACACCCCCAGCCCCAUCGACCCGGAGUCCAUCCAGGUCCCGGUCGGGUACAACCCGGACCCCGCCGACCUGGCCCUCUCCAGCGUCCCGGGUCAGGAAGUGUUCGACCCCCGCAAGAGGAAGUUCUCGGCGGAGGAGCUGAAGCCCCAGCCCAUGAUCAAGAAGGCCCGCAAGAUCUUCAUCCCUGAGGACCUGAAGGACGACCGGUACUGGGCGCGGCGGAGGAAGAACAACGUGGCGGCCAAGCGGUCCCGUGACGCGCGGCGGGUGAAGGAGAACCAGAUCGCCAUCAGAGCCAGCUUCCUGGAGAAGGAGAACGGGGCGCUGCGGCGCGAGGUGGCCGACCUCCGCAAGGAGCUGGGGAGGUGCUCCUCCGUGGUGGCCCAGUACCAGGACCGCCACGGGCCCCUGUGAAGGGACCCACAACCAGCGGGGGGCCCCCCCACACACACACACACACACACAGAGACUGAACGCACACACUGAACACUCACACUGAACACACACACACAACCACUGAAUACACACACACACACACAUACACACACACCCUGAAAACAUCAAAAACACAAACAAACAUGCUCCCUGAACACACACACAAACACACAUUGAGCACACACACACAAAAACACAAAGACACACACAUGCUGCCUGAACACACCACACACACACACACACACCCUGAACACACACACGCACACACUCAUAUGCUCCCUGACCUCACACACAACCUCCCUCAAACCACACACACCUGACGUGAUGUUUAGAAGGACAACAUCUGUCAAUGUCUCUUUUGGUGGAACUUUUGACAAUUUGACCCCCACCCUGAACCAGACACACACACGUGCACACACGCAUGCCAUCCUGUGAUUUUCCACCCCGGACUCUGGUUGUAUCCACGUGCCCCCCCUCACAACCCCUACUCUACGAGGAGCUGUUAAUGAGCCGCACACCAGACCACACCCCACUACCCACAAUUCCCUUCUCCUUCUGUUUGAAAUGUUUAAACCACGGCGAGGCCGUUUCUGUCCGUGUCACUUUGUACCUGAGGAGGAUGGAGCUGUCGUACUGUGUCCCUCCUCCUCCUCCUCCUCCUCCUCCUUCGGUUGCCGGGUUCCUACUCUUUGUAUGUUUAUAAUCUCUUCUGGAUUAUAUGUAAUUGCAAUUGUUCACUUAAGACGCAUCACAUUGGAGUCAACCCCGCGGUUGUAUGGGUACAUGUUACCAUGGUUACUGCCGGGUGAAGACGGUUGGCAAGAACCGGCUCCCAAUACGGUUGGUAAGGAUGUUCAGCACCAUGGGAAAAUACAAUCAAUAGGUCCUGCUCUUUUUCUGCACCACAACGCAUUCCCCCAUCCCGACAAUCUCCUCUGCCUCCUUCUCUUCAUCACAAGUUAUCCCUAAUUUUCUCAAAUGGAAGAUUGUUUGUUUUGGUGGUUGUUGUUCUUUCUGGUAAAUAUCCCCUUGUUAUAAUUGUUAUUAUGUUAGCAUUUCUUACAUGUCCUCCAUCUUGAUUAGGAAGAGAUCAACUUUGCCAAAGUUGUUCUGAGAUAUUUUAUUCCUUUAUAUGUAUACAUAUAUUAUAUAUAUAUAUGUAUAAAUAUAGUUGUUAUGUUUUUUCUUUGUUGUAAGCAUGAUUCAUAUGUUUGUGUGACCGAUAAGUGCAGGAGUCUGUGGUGUGUUAGCUGGGUAAGCCUGUGUAGCAUUGUUAGCGUACGCAACAGGUGUCGGUUUGAAUGUAGGCCUACAAACGAUGGUGUUGUCAAAAAAAACAACAAUGAACCUGUUUACUUCACCACAAAGAGUUAUAUUGCUUAUAGAGAGAUGAUAUGUUUAUAUAUAAAAGCUAUUAUAUGUGUUAAUUUUGUACAGUAAAUUUCCUACACUAAAUAUAAAUAUAUAUUUUAAAGGCACGACACAUUCAGAGUACUAUUAUUGGAGAAUAAGAUUAUGUUACUCAAAAGGUAAUCACAUAGUGGUAUUUUGAUAUUCUAUAUUAGCUCGGAUGUGUUAGCUAUACAAAGAUAUUUCAGCAAUUUCCAAAACCUUCGGGGAAUUCUCUACUUCGGCAUUAUGUAACGCGUUGCUCUCAUGUACGCUUAAAUGACUGACCUUUGCCAUUUUCAAAUCGCUAUCGGUAUUCUUAAAACCCACCACACACAUACCUCUGGUCAUCACAUCAUCAACCUUUAGUGUUUGAAGCAAAACCGCCGUCUUGCUACCUGCGCACAUGUCGUAGCCGUGCGGCCUGUGAGAGCAGGUCUUGUGUUGGCUUUUGUUUGCAGGGAUAAAGUUACUAUGAAGGAGGGGACCUUCUGUAGCUGGGGCCUCUCUCUGGGUUCCAUUGUUCCCACGGCUGGUUGUAGCACGUCCCCUGUUCCUGAGUGAUGGACAGCUAGAAGUGUCCCGCAGCACUCACCUUGUUAAAAGCUUUUGUGUCGUGUUAUCUCUCUGUAGUUGAGGGUUGAUGUGCGCCGUGCUCCCUCUGUUAAGCCCCCAUGCCGUAGGGUUUGGUUUUCAUGACUGGAACAACGUUUGUACUAUUGCUCCCCCAGGCCCAGAGCACCUCACGCUUUAUGUAUGAGAGAAGAAACCCAACAUAGGACUAAAAGCCAAUAUACUGAUUCACGCGUCACCCCAAAUUACCUCACUGUAGAGUGAUGUCACUACCUCACCCGCGGUCGAUGGAGAAAACCCUGAUUAUUCGGAGUCUAUUUCAGUGCCUUGAACACAUCGACUGCAGUUUGUCAGCAGAGAAAUGUUUUGAGGUCCCACCAGUUUCACCUCUGCGCUGAACGGCCCCUGAAAGGCAUCUGCAGGGCCCCUGGUUGAGCACGCUGCGAUGGACCUCCCUACCCUUGUAUUUAUGGCAACAGCAACGCUUUGCCGUGUACAAAACGAUGGAGCACAAAGAGGGAUUCUGUUACGGGUGUCGACAAAUAGAUACAUUACUUUGUGCUGCCCUCUGUCAUUUGUAGUGUCUCAAUAAACUCUUUACCAAUGAUUUGAUCUGCUUUCUUUCUCUUCUGGUUUGUAAAGAAAUUAACAAUUAAAUAGUGAAUAUUAUAAAUAGUGUUAAAUGUGGACUAAAACAAGGGUACUGUUGGUUAAUGACCUACAACCAAAAUAUAAAAAUCAGUCAUUCGGCCUGCAUGAGCAGAUUCUAUGCUGACAAUUCAAAAAAAAGGAUGGAGAGAACUCCUGGAAAAAGGUGAGAAAUCGAGAAAAAAACAAGAAAAGAAUGAUGGAGAGACUGAGAUAACCCCACUGCAAAUGAAACUCAAACCCCAACCAAAGGAUCCCUUACAUUAAUCUGAAAAC